AUGGUGACUUCCAUCAGUAGCAGUGAUUAUGAUAUUUAUUCUUCCAGCUCCUCUGAAGAAGACUCCAAAGCUUCCGCAGUCAAAUCGCGAUCUAAGAUGAAUCAUGCUAAGGGAACGAAUCCUAGCAUGCCUCUUAAUGACCGGAGAGUCACUUAUGAUGAGCUCAUGAAGAGAAAAACCGAGGAUGAUAGGUUGGAUGAUCAUCAACAAAGAAGGGACCGAGUCCGGCGCAGAGUGCUAGCAGCUGAAGAGAAACUUCAAUCUCGAGCCGAUGGUGUACCCUCUGACUCUGAUGCUUCGGAAGAUGAACCCGUGUGGGUGCCUCAGGAUCGCAAUAUUAAGCCAGACCGGCAUACCAGGGAGAUCGAGAGACUGGUCAAAGCUGACCUUGAAGCUGAGCGUAAAGAAGAAGAGUACCAGGACUCAUUAUACAGCGAUCCUGAUAUUCAUCCAGAAUUCGUCAAUGGCCCUGAUAGUGAUUCUGACGAAGAUCUCGAAGAGGAUUCCGCGAAAGACGAUGAUGAUGAAUCUGAUAAUUCUGACAGAUCUGAUGGCCCCGAUGAAUCUGAUGACUAG